AUGUCUGGCGAUCGUGAAAGCAAGACCUUCCUCGCCCGCCUUUGCGAGCAGGCCGAGCGCUACGAUGAGAUGGUUGGCUACAUGAAGGAGGUCGCCAAGCUGGGCGGUGAGCUGAGCGUCGAUGAGCGCAACCUCCUCAGCGUUGCCUACAAGAACGUCGUCGGUACCCGCCGUGCCUCCUGGCGCAUCAUCUCCUCCAUUGAGCAGAAGGAGGAGAGCAAGGGCACCGACAAGCACGUCGGCACCAUCCGCGAGUACCGCACCAAGAUCGAGCUCGAGCUCGAGCAGGUCUGCCAGGAUGUCCUCGAUGUCCUCGACGACAGCCUUAUCCCCAACGCCCAGACUGGCGAGUCCAAGGUCUUUUACCACAAGAUGAAGGGUGACUACCACCGCUACCUCGCUGAGUUCGCCUCCGGCGAGAAGCGCAAGGGUGCUGCCACUGCUGCCCACGACGCCUACAAGAGCGCUACCGAUGUCGCUCAGACCGAGCUGACCCCCACUCACCCCAUCCGUCUUGGCCUGGCCCUCAACUUCUCCGUCUUCUACUACGAGAUCCUGAACUCGCCCGACCGUGCUUGCCACCUCGCCAAGCAGGCCUUCGACGAUGCUAUCGCCGAGCUCGACUCUCUCUCCGAGGAGUCUUACCGCGACAGCACCCUCAUCAUGCAGCUCCUGCGUGACAACCUCACUCUCUGGACCUCUUCCGACAGCGGCGACGCUGAGGGUGCUGCUGCCGGCACCACCGAGGCUGCUGAGGAGAAGAAGGAGGAGCCCAAGGCCGAGGAGCCCAAGGCCACCGAGGAGACCCCCGCUGCCUCCUAA